AUGGUGGUGGUUACGGGGCAGAACAAAGUGAGUGCAAACCCGGAUGAUGCCAUGUCGAGCUCAGAGGCGGAGGAGGAUUUCCAAGAGCCAGCCACUCCUACUGCAACCCAGGCGGGACACGCACUACCUCUGCUGCCUCAGCAGUUUCCAGAAGUUGUUCCGCUAAACGUGGGAGGGAUGUAUUUUACAACCAGACUGUCAACUCUGAGGCGUUAUGAGGACACAAUGUUGGCGGCUAUGUUCAGUGGAAGACACUAUAUUCCAACAGAUGCUGAAGGCAGAUACUUUAUUGACAGGGAUGGAACCUACUUUGGAGACAUACUCAACUUUCUACGAUCUGGUGACCUGCCGUCGAGAGAGCGAGUGAGGUCAGUUUACAAGGAAGCUCAGUAUUAUUCCAUAGGACCAUUGCUAGACAAUCUAGAGGAUAUCCAGCCUCUUAAAGGAGAAAAAGUUAGACAAGCUUUCCUGGGCCUAAUGCCGUAUUACAGAGAUCAUUUGGAACGGAUCAUCGAAAUUGCAAAGCUUAGAGCAAUGCAAAGGAAGGCAAGAUUUGCAAAACUGAAGGUGUGUGUCUUCAAAGAAGAGAUGCCCAUCACUCCCUAUGAAUGCUCACAUUUCAAUUCUUUACGCUUUGAAAGGAGCGAAAGUGAGACCAAGCUGUUUGAACAUCACUGCGAAGUAGAUGUGUCUUUUGGCCCCUGGGAGGCCGUCGCUGAUGUGUAUGAUCUCCUGCACUGUAUUGUGACAGACCUGUCUGACAGAGGGAUAACUGUGGAUCACCAGUGCAUUGGGGUGUGUGAUAAACACCUGAUAAAUCACUAUUACUGCAAGCGUCCCAUCUACGAAUUCAAGAUUACAUGGUGGUGAGUUACCCUGCCCCCAACGGCGCGGAGCAGGAAAGGACUUCCAGGCAGCAGUUGCUCUGGCUGUCUCUGUGCCGUGGCUCUGAAAUGCACUGCUGCUAAC